AUGGGUGGUGUCCAACGCAGAGGCGACCAUGUCCCAGACCGAGGCCCCGCGCUUAUUCGCAUCUUGUGGUUGCUGGCAGCGCUGGCUGGCAUCACUGCCGUUCUCCGCGUCGUCGUCCGAAGUCGCAACCGCAUGUUUGGAUGGGGCGACAUUUUCAUGAUCUUUACCAUGACGGGGCCUGACAACGUCGCCGACGUGCUGUUUCUGAGUUGGCUGAGCCAGGUGUUUGGCAUUAUGGGGGUGGCGGCAGGCAAGAUUUCCGUUGCGGCGCUGCUCCUCGCCAUCAUUCCACUGACUGAGCUGCGGUGGCAGCGCGUAUUCCUCUGGAUCGUACCAGUGACCCUGGCAAGUCUCGUCGCCAUUGCCUGUUCGACUUUGACAUUUGCGCAAUGUGCGCCCGCCGCGGCGCUUUGGGACCAGGGGGUAGAGGGCGAGUGUAUUGACCCUCACGUCAUGUCUUCUUUCGGGACGUUUACCGGAGCGUUCAACACGUUCACGGACGGUAGCCUUGCCAUCAUCUCGGCCACCAUCUUCUGGCAGCUCAACAACACGACGACCGAGAAGACGCAGCUCACCAUCGUCUUCGGCCUCAAUAUCCUGACGUCCAUCUGCUCUGGCAUCAAGACGCAGUACCUCGCGGAGCUCGCCAACCGCACCAACCAGACGUGGGCGACGUACGACAUAUUCGUCUGGGUCUCCGGCGAGCUGUUCUUCAUGAUUGUCUGCGGCGGCAUCCCGACGCUACAUACCUUGCUCGCGUGGUUCCACAGCGCGGCCAAGAGAGUGACGGCGUCGUCGUCUUGGCAACAGCAGCGUGAGCAGCAGUCGCGGAGCUCGCGGAAGGGCAGCGCGCGGCUCACUUCGGAUGCCGACACGGACAAGAACGAGGAGGGGUGGGCGGAGCUGGCCGAGCUCCGCGCCAUGGCGCACCUCUCCAUCCAGACCAAGACGACGGUCGAGAGGGUGAGACCGCGCAGCGAUAGCGUGGACUGGCUCUUUGAACAUAAAAAUGGCGUCAGGGUCGAGAUCAUGUAUGACGUCCGGCGGGAUACCAGGCCAAACUCGGCGGUGCCGCCCAUCGAGCCGCGAGGCGGCCACCCAUAA